CUCCCUCCUUACAGCACUGUGGGUGUUCCUACACCACAUGGACUGCAAAUGUUCAAGAAGGCAGCUCAGCAUCACCUUCUCAAGGGCAAUUAGAGAUGGGCAACAAAUGUUGGCAUUGUCAAUGGUGCCCACAUGUCUUGGACGAAUAAGAAAGAAAAUAUCUUGGGGUGUUCUCCAAGAUGAUGGAUCUUGCUCCUGUGAAAACACUUGCAGGUGCUCCGACUGCCGAUGUCCCAGCAGCAAAGCUGGACGCCGCCGGAAAAGUUGCUGCUCUUGUUGUCCUGCAGGAUGCACGAACUGCGCCAAUGGCUGUGUGUGUAAAGGGAAUCCCUCUGACAAAUGUAGCUACUGUUCUUGAACAACAGGCCCUUCAGGCACAAUAGAUGAAAUACUGUCCGUAUGUACUGUAUUCCACAAGCUGCAUGUCCUCAGUUUCUCUUUCGUAAUGAGUUGUGUGCACUUAUAUGAACUAAUGAAAGUUAAUGAAUUUUCUGUGAAAUGAUCAUUUUUCUAUGUGUAAAUAAAGAAAAGUGUUCCAA